AUGGCUCCAUCCGCAACAGCUCUCCAAGCCAUCGAGGCAAGCCCUCGUCUUCACAACCUCCUUGAUCGUCUCCACGCUGCAUCAGAAGCUCAAGAGAAAUCUUAUUCUCAGCUAUGGUUUUAUUUUAAGUUCCUUUACGGCUUUUACAUCACCGGCAAAGCAUGGCCUGCCUCUGGUGAUGACCACAUGCGCGACAAGUUUGUCGCUCUAGAGCAGGAUAAAUGCCAGUUCAUGUACCUCCUCGCACGAAGCAUUAAUGCUAAAAACAUCGUAGAGGCUGGAACAAGCUUCGGUGUUUCGACUAUGUAUCUUGCUCUUGCUGUGGGACAGAAUGUCACGACCGAGAGAGCAAAGGGUGUCAAUGUUACGGGAAAGGUUGUCGCGACGGAGAAAGAGAGCAGUAAAGCUGCCAGAGCGAGAAAGCAUUGGACUGAGGCCGGUGAAGAAGUUGAGCCGUGGAUUGAACUGAGAGAAGGAGAUUUGAGAGAGACGCUUUUGGUGGAUGAGGGUAUGCCCAAGGAGGUUGACAUGUUGCUCAUCGACAUCUGGACGCCGCUUGCACUUCCAGCGCUUAAGGCUAUCAAGCCUCGAAUGAGGAGGGGUGCUAUUGUGCUGGCUGAUAACACAAAGAUGGCUAGGCCUCUGUACAAGGAGUUUCUGGAUUACAUCCACAAUCCCAAGAACGGUUUCAAGACGACAACUACUGCUUUAACGCCGACACAAAAGUUGACACUGCAAACGGUAUCCAAUCACUUUUAUGCUGGAUCAGUGAGAAUGGACCGUGUGGCGGUAAUGUCGCAGCGGAGAUAA